CGUGACGAAUCGCGGAAUUUUCCAAAAAAAGGACCGUUUUCGGUCUUGGUUAAUUGCUUACUACCCGGAGAGAUUCCGUAUCAAUUCGAUAACCAUGGACGCAAGGUCAUCUCAGAAAGUGACCAUGUAUAACCUUGCCGUAAGCUUCUCUCCCUUCUCGACACCUUCCUUCCUGUGUGCAUGUUGAACUCACGGCCAACCAAAGACGUCCAAACAUACGUUCAAGUCGCGGAAUGCGGGUCUGUUCUAAAUGAAUCGGCUCUCGCAAGUGAUUAGGAGUGAUUUAUUUUUUCUGUGUGUCCACUGUCUAUUUGGAUUAACGGAUACGUUUCGCCACUUCGAAGAACAGGAAGAGCACGGCCAUGAGGGGCUGGUUCGACGCGUUCCGAUAUGACGGCGGGCCGACGCUUUACAACUUUAACAAUCGAACGGCCGUCACCGGCGACGUAACCCUGAUCACCUUCCUCGCGAUCUUCUGCACUCUAUACGUGGCAUUCCUAAUCGUCUUUCCCGGAAUACGCAAAGAGAGAUUCACGACGUUUUUCUUCGUCACCCUUAGCCUGUUCGUCGGAGGUACGAUUGUCGUGACCAUGGUCGGAUCCGCCUGGCACGUGGGGUGUACCGCUAUUUCGAGUACGUACCGCGCGUUCUCGAAGGAGAAAAUCAACGCCAGUUUGGGGGUGCACAUCGGACUGAGGCACGUGAACGUCACUCUUCACGGUAACUCAUCCUAUGAAAUUGACUUCAACGAACAAUUCAUGUGGCUGACUUCGGAUAAAAUGGGCACGACGUUCAAGGAGGCGAUUAAACGAGGCCUACCUUUCCCAAUACUGACAGUCGCCGAGUACUUUAGCUUGGGACAAGAAGGUCUCUCCUGGGGUGGGCAGUAUAGGGCCGCCGGUUAUUUUGGAUCCGUAAUGCUGUGGGCUUCCCUGGUGACGUGGCUGCUGAUGAACUUGAUGAUACUCGUAGUUCCUCGCUAUGGCGCUUUGUUAAUGACAUUUUGUGGUAUUUUACUUUUAGCGACCGCGUGCGGAUACUUCGGCAUGCUACCGGAGGCGCCGCUUAUCAUUCACCUCGAGGGUAGUGCCAUUUAUCUCCAUUUAGGGUGGUGCUUUUGGUUAGUGUUCAUUGCAGGAAGUGUCUGCCUUUUCACCGGGGUUAUCAUCACAAUUAUAGAGAUUGUGUAUCCGCACAGCUUCUCGACGAUUCUCGAGGUUAACUAUGAUACCCCCUACGAUCGGCACAUUAUCAUCGAGGAUAGUCACGGCAAACGUUUCCAAAAGAAACGUUCGAGCAACAACAGCAAGCUGGAGGAACCAACCGGCUUCAGUUCGCGGAUUUUAAGGCGCCUGUCCUCCAAGACGCGCGAGUCCGAGAAGCAGGGAAUCGACAGUCCCGCUUUCGAGCUAUCCACUCCAAAGUCGUCUUGGAGGUACCCGUACCAAAUAGGCGAAGAAACCGCGACUUGCCAUAGGAAUUUUUUAAAUGGCUCGUCUAGCAAUGUGUCACCAAUUCAGAAGAGUAUUUCAAGACUGAAACCGAGUAAAGCACCCGAUGAUGGUCUGUGGUGAACGUUGUGAUCGGACAUUCCUCUUAUAGUGCAAUUUUUAUUUAAGUGAUUCCAUUGUGAUAUUUGUUAAUCAUAGAUUAUGACUACUGCCAUAUUGAUCUUUGAGUCGAUUUUUAUUGUUAGCACUUAUUUAUUAAAAAUCGAUGUUACAAAAUUAUGUUGUUAAGUAGUACCUGCAAGAAAUUAAAUUUUAAUUAAAAAACUCAUAUUUA